CAGAAGGAUCCAAAGAAGUCAAAAAGAAGCCUCACAGCCAGUAGCAUUGUUUUGCUCCUGACUCAUGCAGCUGAAGCCACUGUGAAAUGUUACCUACAAAGCUGAUAGAAAUAUUUCUGCUGCUUACCUUAACUGAAAGAGGAGCAAAGUGGGACCAAGGCAAGCCAUGGAGAAUCCACUGCCAAGCACGUGGUGCCCAGCUUGCCACAAAGCAGUGUCCAGAAGAUCCGUUCAAAAGCUGAGCAAAUGCAUCCAAGGUAAAACAGACUUGGAAGAAGAUAAUCCCAGGGCAGACCUGAGCGUUUCUCCAACAAAUCACCUUCCCAGGAAGUUGCAACCAUCUUCAGGGAACAUGUCACCUUCUCAGAAGGAUGUUUCUUCACCCUCCCAAGGACAGUCUGUCAUGUCAGCUCAGCCACAACUGCUGCCAGCCCCUCCACCCUUACCCCCUGGGUGUCAGGUGCCUUCUCCACCCCCUCCCAUGCCUGGCAUAAGUGCUCCAUCUCUCCCAUCUCCCCAGCCAUGCAGUAAUCCUGAGUGCAAUCAUCUUGCUUGUGGACAUGGUGGGCAGUGUCACCCUCAGAAGACACCAACGUUGAGGAUGAAAAUGUUUCACUGGCAGAAGCUCCCCUCUGACGUGGUGAGACAAAGUCACUCCAUAUGGACUGUGCUGCCAAGCAGCAGCAAGGAGCUUGUAGAGCCUGACUACAGAAGCCUGGAGCUGCUUUUCUCUGUCCCACCAACAGCACAAAAGAAGCAAAUAAGGCCAAAACUAAAGCAAGCAAAAGAGAUCACAUUCAUAGGUCCAAAGAAAAGCCUCCUUCUGAGUAUAUUCCUGAAGCAGUUUAAGUGCUCCAAUGAAGAGGUUGCUGCCAUGAUUCAGACAGGGGAUAGCUCCAAGCUGGAUGCUGAGAUACUGAAGCAGCUACUUAAACUACUGCCCGAAGACCAUGAGAUAAAGAGCCUGAAAUCUUGCAAGCAAGACAAAUCACAACUAGCAAAUGUAGACCAGUUUUAUCUCCAUCUCUUGGAAAUUCCCAGCUACCAGUUGAGGAUUGAAUGCAUGCUGAUUUGUGAAGAAACAAAACUUCUCCUGGAGUGCCUGUGGCCAAAAGUGCAAGCCAUCAAGACAGCCUGUGAAACACUUCUCACCAGCCACCGACUGCCAGUUUUCUGCCAACUGAUUCUUAAAGUUGGAAACUUUCUUAACUAUGGGCAUCAAAAUGGAGAUGCUGUGGGGUUUAAAAUUAAUGCCUUACUCAGGCUAACAGACACAAAAGCAAACCAAAGCCACAUUACUCUCCUUCAUCAUAUUUUGGAGGAGGCUGAAAAAAACCACACGGAUCUGCUGCAGCUACCCAGAGAUCUUGACUUUGUUUCCAAGGCAGCAGGGAUCCACUUGGAUGUCAUGCAGACUGAGGCAGGUGCCAAUUUGAAGAAGCUAUUGGCAAUAGAGAAGCGUUUAUUUCUGUCAACAGAUGAUGUGAAAAUGCAGCACAUAAAGUCUGUUCAAGGUAGUCUCAAAGCUUCAGAGGACCUGCAGAAGGAGUUUGCCACCAUUGAGAAGAAGAAGAAAGAACUGGCUGGUUACCUUUGUGAAGACCAAAAAAAAUUGUCCUUGGAAGAUAUAUUUAGCACAAUGAAAACCUUCAGAGAGCUCUUCCUCAAGGCCUUGCAGGAAAAUCAAGAAAGGAAGAAGCAAGUUACAAAGUCUGAGAAAAGGAAGAAAGAGCUUAAAGGAGAGUAUGUGAAGAGGCUAAAGGGAGAGCAUGGGAAAAGUAUUGUAUUCAACUCAAAUUAGUUCUGGUUUUGUUAGCCAAUCUUUUGAUAAUUAGGGGUAAUUAUCUGCUCAGUUAUGGCUGAUCUAAUACAAUGAAACAGAUUUAGCCUUGGAUGAUAUAGGUGUCAAGCAGAGAGUACACCAAUAUGAAUUUUUAAGUGCAUGCGAAUGCUUGAAAGAAGUCACAAUAGAGAUGCUAUAAAAAAUAUUAGUCCCAAUGAGCAAGCUGCUAUCAUUUUGUGGAGAAUUGGGUGAUAUCCUGCUAUUGAUCUGUUGGAGUCUUGUUGGGAGACUUUUAGGGCAAAAGUUACAUAUAUGUAUACACACGCACACAUAUAUAUAUGAACUUCAAGCUGCACUUUGUCAUUGUGGUAGGUUUUGUCUUAUAUUACUGUUACCACAACAUUGGCUGUAUUCUCAUUAGAGGAAUGAUUUCUUAAAGCAGCUAUGUAUGUGCUUAAAGGAGUGCCUGUGCUUUGCUGAAGAGGGGAUGAUUUACAUCAAUGAAGAAAAAAAAAGGGUUUUACUGUGCUGGGCUGACCUGAGUGUGAAACAUUCCUAGUGCUAACCUUGGCAUGCAUACAUUCUGAAGUUUUAUUUUGGCAAAUAGUUGACAUCCACUUUUCUGGAAGAUUUCUAUCAAUAACAGUCAGUCGUGAUCCUCUCUUAUCCAGAGAAUCGCUGUAAAUGCAGCAUUAGUGAAUCUGAGUGGAGUUCAUAUAAAUAACACACUAGAUGCUCAGCCCUCGGAAGGCCCUGUUGGUGCCUCAAUAAAUGGCCUUCUUUUAGCUCUUCUUGCACAGUUACUUAUCUCUCAAAAUACAUAAAAUUCACUGAAAGCUUACCAAAACAAAGUUCUCAAUACUGUCUUAACAAGCUAUACAGCAAAUGUGUUUUACACACUUUCCAAUCAUAACAUGCAUAACGCAAAGCUGCAGAUUAAAAUGAGCCAAGCCUGUUUGCUGUAAAUACAGAAAGGUAACAGUAUAUGGUAAAGUAAAAUUAUAAAGUGAUAUUGAGCAGCUGUAAGGCUUAAAUGUGUGCUUCAGCCCUGUGAAAAGAAGGAGCAGCAGAUCAUAAGAACCUUCUGUGCUUCUGACAUACAGUUUAGAUUGAACUGUUGUUAUUUUCGGUCCUUUGUGAGAAGGUGGAUUUAAUUCUUGGGGUAUAACCUUAAACAUGGGAGAGCAUUUCACCUAUGAAUAUUUUUUCAGUACAUAUUUUAGAAAGCUGUGUAUAGCACUGGUGGCAAUGAGUAUCAGGCAUUUUUGUCAUCUAUUUUAAUCUCCCAACAGAAUACAGUGACAGAGAACACCAGAUAUGGCAUGGCAAGAUCUUUGAGCUCAUCUUAACAUUCUUCAAUCCAUGUAAAACCAUUUUUUUAAAAUCCUGUAUUUAGCAAGUGAAGUAAUUAUUUUCUGUAUUUAUUGUCUGAAGAGGGGGAAUAGAAAGACAGUAAAUCUGGAGAAACCCUAUUAGCAUGUGCUUACAGGAUUAUCAUAGAAUCAAGUACACCUUUAACUUAGCAGGUAUCUUCCUUAGAGCCAGCGAUAUACAGCACACAGGGUAAUCCUGGGCAUAAAUCUGUAAGGCCCCAAUCCUACAGUCUUUGAAUCUCUGACCUUAACUGCAGUCACAUGCUCUGUCAGUGUCAAUAUCUGGUUUAUCCAGUUGUCUCAGAAUCAUUUCUCUGCGGUUGACAGGCCUGCCAUGGACAGCAUACAGCAGCAAGGACUCUUAGGGCAGGCAAUAAUCUUGCUCUCCUGAGUUCAAACAGAAAAUGUGAAGGGAGAAGUACCAAUUGCUGAUGUAUUAUUGACAGAUUUCAAGGGAUAGCUUUUAACUACUGCACCAGAGUCAUAAAUUGUUACCAAAAUACAAAUAUAUGGCACAAUUAAGAGAAUGAAGCAAUAUCCUACUGAUUUUCAUGUAUUUCAAAACAGCUUUGAUGUGAAUAAAAUUUACUAUACAAUUUCCCAGAAGGGAGUUUGGCAACAGACUUCUGCUGAAUCCAGAUAUUUAGAGAGAAAAGGUUGGAUUUUUUUAACUUAUUUGAAGAUUUUUAUAUAUGUGUUUACAUUAAGAUUCGUUUUCUAUGUGUGAUAAUGGAUUAAGCAACUAUCCUGCUUGAUUUUCUUGUUUUGCAUCAGCAUCCAUUACUGAACAUUUAAAUUCUUCAGGAGAGUUGUAUCAGACACUUCCAAGGCCUAAUUCUGUCUUAUUUCAAGGGAUAUAUAUAUAUGUUAUUUCAAGAGAAGCAGUAGGUAGAGGUUUCUUUAGCUAACCAAGUGUUGUAAAAAAUUACCUGCUUCUCAUGUAAAUUUAGAGGGAGAUGCUGCUGUUGACCAGAGCAAGCAACAGAACAAAACCACUUAAGAACACAAGGUGAAGAUGUGCAGUUCAACGCAUGGUGAGAAUUGAUCUAUAUAGCUCUGAUACUGUAACUGCAGCAGAAAAUUAAAUGCUGUUAAAAGAUGAAGAGCAAGUAAACUUCCAGGAAGAGUACAGUAGUCCCAAAGCUUAGCUACUAUGAUUACAUACAGAAACUCACUGGAGAGAUAGAGCCUUCAAAUCAGUUUCAUGUGUUGAUAUAUAUUCAGUGUCAAAUACAUGAGAUUCUCUCUGGCAAAAUCCUUAUUAUCUUUACUUACACAUGACUUGCACUAUUGUAAGUAACUUAAUGGUAUAUGAUAAAACAUCAUCAGCAUAAAUUGGUCUUGGAAUAGUAAAAGAUCAGAUCUUCAAGAGCUGGGGAAAUAAGCAAAUGUUCUACUCCUAAAAGCUUACUGCUUAGCUGUAUUACUGUUGUGUUGAUUCGAUUUGCUUUUUUUAAAGCACAUAAUAGUGAUUUAAAAGCUGUAUUAUGCCUAAGUCCAACUUUCAAUGCACAGUUUACUUACAACCUCAUUGUACUCUAGUAGCCAUUUAUGAACAAGGAUAUAUUUCACUUUUGUCUAUGUUUGUUUAGUAAAGAGUUUAACAAACA